AUGGCGUCUAAACACGUCGGCCUUUUCGUCCUUUUCCAGCUUCUAGCCCUGAAUGUAGUGAGCCAGAUAUCUGCCUUCCCCACACCGACAGCCUCAUCGGAUGAUAAAACUGUGUACAAUAGACAGUUGACAGAAGAAAGACCACUACAGGAGCAGAUUGCUGAGGCGGACAGCGUGAAGGCUGCAGUACAGUCAGCUGAGAGCAAGCGUCCCACGGCCUCCAAGGACGCAGAGUCAGAGCAGGACCUCGAUGACUUGACUGUGCUGAAGUCUCUGGCCGAUGGCCAGAAAUCAAAGGAGACCACCGAGGAGCCACCCAAGAAGGGGGACCAGUACGUUCCGGAUGAAUCGGACUCGACCAAGAGCCGGCGUCUGGCUGAGGACUACGACUCCACCAAGAACGGGAUGGACUACGGCAAGUACCAGGAUGACCCAGAAACCUUCCGCCAGGUGGACGGCACCCCGCUGACAGCAGAAGACAUCGUCCAGAAGAUCGCAAACAAGAUCUACGAGGAGGACGACAGAGGGGUGUUCGACAGGAUCGUCUUGAAACUGCUCAAACUGGGGCUGAUCACAGACAGCCAGGCAGAUACUCUGGAGUACCAGGUGGCCGAGGCUCUCCAGGACCUCAUCACCAAAAACGCCAAGAACAACGAGAUCGAGGAUGUUGACAGCGACGACCAAGAAACCAGGGCAGAGCAGGACGACCAGGGCUCAGACGCUAACAAGGACACGUGGGAGCCACCCAGGCGCCGCUACAACGAGGACAAGGAGGAUGAGGAAGAAAACGAAGAUGCAGUUGAGGACGAGGUGGACCGGGAUGCGGAAGAAGAAGGGGGAGACAUGGCCCCGAACAGCUGGGACAAAGACACGGAGGAAGGCAACGAGGUGAGCCCCGAAGACGGGCUCCAGGAUCUGCAGUACUUCCCCAACUUCUACCGUCUGCUCAAGAGCCUCGACUCAGAUCAAGACACUCAGGAGAGAGAGACAUUGAUCACCAUCAUGAAGACGCUGAUCGACUUCGUGAAGAUGAUGGUGAAGUACGGCACCAUCACGCCGGAGGAGGGCGUGUCCUAUCUGGAGAACCUGGAUGCUAUGAUAGCCAUGCAGACCAGGAACAAGCUGGGCAAGGCUCUCGGGCUUCCUGACAUCACUGGAGCCAACGGAAAGAAUUUGGAUGAGGAAGACAACACCAAGGCCGAGGCCGCCAAGAUGCAGAAGGAGUAUGAGAACCUGAAAGACUCAACCAAGGAGGAGCAGCCACCAACUGAGACCAAUCACCCUGGCAAGUCAGAGACUUAUCUGGAGGCCAUCAGGAAGAACAUCGAGUGGUUGAAGAAACACAACAAAGAAGAGGGCAAAGAUGAUUAUGACCUGUCCAAGCUGAAGGACUUCAUGGACCAGCAGGUUGACUCCUACAUUCAGAAGGGGAUCAUCGCCAAGGACGAGGGCGACACCAUCAAGAGGAUCUACAGCAGCCUGUAACGCUAACACCCAUCACCCAUCCUCCCCCUCUAAAACACAGGACUGAAUCUGAUAUCAACAUCUCAAACAAAACCCAAACUACUUACAGUUAUUUCCCAUGGCAUGGUAAAGUAUGUACUGUGUAUUCAAAACUACCUGCUUAGGGGAACUUGUUAACCCUACAUUCCCGAAAAUGUAUCAAGAAAUGUAUCAAGAUAAGGAAUUUCAUAAAACUAUCAACUAAACAAUAAACUGAUUCUUCAUAGCUACCUGAUUAGAUUUGCACGCCAAGAUCGCAGAGUAAUAAUCCCUAUAAUAUUAUUGAGAGAAAUCAAAGUAUUUUAUGUAACCACCUCACACAUCAUCUCAACUAACCGCUAGCAUUUACUCCAACCUGACUCCUGUGGGAAAUGAAUGUUAUGAGAGUUUGAUGCCAUGGCUUUGUCAUCAACCGUUUCCAAUAUAUUUUUUGCAGCAAAAUGCACAUAUAUCAAAGUGUACUCAUUCAGUGUAACCUGUCUUAGACUAUUAUAUUUCUUUUUUCCGGUGUACAUGUAAGGUCCCUAUGUAAUCUUGCUUUUUAUUUUACCCAAAAAUAUUUGUUGUGCAUCAUGUCAGUGAUCUACGUACUCCUGUUAUGUUCUGCUGUAAUUCUUCUGGGGGCCCACUAGGGGGCCCCCGUUUGUACCAUCAAUGCUCUCUGCAUGUCUCUAUGAGUUCAACAUUUCCAUCUCUGU